UUGGCGGUACGCGGACUGUGGUGACUAGAUCUUCUUGCUCUCCUCUCUUUUUGCUGCGCUUUUUCUUAGUGCAGUUCGCUUCAGCCCCCUCCACUCCGCAUGAUCAGCGAUCUCUGUUCCUCGGUUAUCUGUUUGAGAUGAAGCUUGGAUUUACAAGAGAAUCAAGUUUGGUAUUGUAUUUCAACUCAUUAGUGUCAAGAUGGAAACCUGUCACAUUUGAAGAAUCUCUCUGCUUCGUGAAGAAAGUAAAGGCUCGUGAUUAUCGCAUAUAUAUUGCAUUGUUUGAAAUUCUCAGCCAGAAGGACCAGAUGCCUUCAGAAACCUACCAUGAUCUAUUGUUGCUCUUUGAGAAUCAUGAUGAUCUUCUGAAGGAAUUGAUGCGAUUCAAACCUCAUGAUUUCGAACGGAGGAUCAGCCACCACAAUUCAUCAGGAAUGUCUCUUUUUCUUGUGCCAUUGUUUAUCUUGAGUUUGAUUCUGAUGUUUGAGCAACCUUUGAGAUGUUUUAUUCAACAAACUUUGGGAACUUAAGCCAACUUCCUGAGGGUUAAGGUUAUGUGCACAGUUGAUUCUCCUUGUGGAAUAAAUUUCUAUUCCUCAACUUUAGCUCUUGGAGUCUAUUUCUUCGUCUUCUUCUUCUUUAUGAGAAUUUAUUGUAGCAAGAAGUUGACAUUGGCUAUAGUUCAAAAGAAAUAUCAAAUAUCACCACGAUAA